AUUUAUCAAUGAGAAAGAAUUCGAAAAGAAAGAGUUUACAGCACAGUAAACACAUUGAAAUAAAGAAGGUAUUGAAAAGUUCAAAACUGAUAAAAUCUAAGGGUUUUGUUGUGGAGAAAUCACCUAUAAAUGUAGUUAUACAAGUUUAUAUAUGAACUAUAUUGAUAAUGGAGCAAAGGAUAGUAAGGAGAGAUAUAAACUUGUAUACCAGUAGCAAGAUCUAUAAAUUACGGAGUACAACUCAUCUAUAUUAGAUUAUAAAAACAGAAAAUAUGGCAAAUUUUGUGAAAAUAGAUGUGCGAAGUAUUUUCGUUUCCCUCCUCGUCAAAAACCAGGCUUUCGGUUACAGAAGUAAUACAAUUAUCCAACAUGGCGAGCUAUGGUCUACCAAUCAAUCUUCUCUUUUGUAAGUUAUGUCAAAAAGUCUUUACAGAUCCGAAACUCCUGCCUUGUCUUCACACCUACUGCCACACUUGUCUUCAAACUCAACUAAAUGAAACGGACAAAAUUACUUGUACUUUGUGCGGAUAUUUCAUGAAUUCUCCAACAGGGGGCAUUAGUGUUUUAACAACCAAUAUAUUUGCGGAACGAGUUGUAAAACAGUACAUCAACAAAAUACAAGAAUUCGCCAGCAAUGAGAAUACUGGAGACCCCAACACAGAUCAAGAAACCGUUUCAACAUUGAUGGAAAAGGCCAAAUAUUCACCAAGUAGUCUAUCCCUGUUUUCGCUACAACGGAGAGAUACAUUCAGUUCUCCUGGUAACAGAGACAUAAAAAUGUCGUCUGCUACAACGGACAAAAAUGGCAACCCUUCAAGUAUAAUUUCGGCACAACCCGAUUUGGUACAGAGUCACGCUUCUGCAGAAGACACUCUACAUAUCAUGGUUGAUAAAUUAUCCAGUCACAUGGACCAUAAGUUAAUGGCUCUUCAAGGGGAAGCACUCCGAGUAACUUAUGCUAUCGACUCCAUAAACCAAUCUGUAAAUAAUUGGCGAGAAAAAAGAUAUCGGUUAAAACGUAAGGUGGAAGAAAGGUCCAAUAUAUUACAACAUCAAAUUAGACGACACGAGAAACGUCUGCUUGCUGAAGUCGAUAGUCGAUAUCAUGAGGAAAAAAUGAUGAAAGAUGCAGAAAGAUCGAAACAAACUUUGCGACAAAACUUGAAGGGAAUUUUACAAACCGUUGAAUUUUUGAAACAGGUACAGGAAUAUGCGACGGAUGAAGAAAUGGUGGCACUCAAAGAUCGUCUAAUGUUCUGUUCUGUGAAUAUAUCCGAGGUUCAGAUGAAAUGGCAAGAGUUACAACUGGAAACACCUACAGAAUCUCCUGACGUACUCAUGUCAGCUAACUUCGGCCAAUUGAACAAUUUAGAACAAUCUUCGGUCGUCUUCAUUCCUGGAUCUUUAGAAAUGGAAAGAGAUUUAAGUGCUGAAAAUACAUCUUUUAAUCAAUCUAUUUUUAACGAACGUCUUUUAACUUACUCUACCAGUCCGCCAAUUUCCAGGCGCGUCAAGCGUCAAAGCACUAGAGUAAGCGAAUCAGAAAACGAGGCCGACGUAAGUUUUAGUGAUGCUUCUGUAACUGUCGAUCAAUUUCGUACCAUGCGGGAAUCAUUCAAACAAAGACGCAGACAACUUUUGGAAGGAAAUUCCAAUACAAUGGACACACAUCCUUUUACAGAUAAACCCUUCCAAACUGAGGUACCCAUAGCAUCAUUAUCAAAUCGGAAACGUGUUGUGUCCUUGGGUGGAAAUGCAACAAACUACUAUCUUGAUAAUCCUGAAUUUGAGCACCAGGCACAAAUUCCAUCAUUCACUCAAGCUCUUCCGCCCAACGCAACUUCACGAGAUAUCAUGGAACGAAACGAAAUUUCACGCCAGAUGGCCCACCUGUCGCAUGAAGACAGAGAAGAUAAAAUAAAGCGCAUGCAAAACUUGCGUGAAAGUUGGAAAAGGCGUAAAGAAGUUUUAAUGCAGAAUGACGGGUACAUCAGUCCAAAAUCAAAUGAUACGAUAACUUUCGAAUACGAGGCUGCUGUCGAAGAGAUUGUAGAACAACCAACUGCCAUUAAUAAACAAAGUCGUAUGAAACAGUUAAAGAAUCGAUUUAGUCAAAUACGACAACAUUUCAAACCUGAUCAAAAUCUGGAUGCUUCAAAAGCUGAUCAAGCGUCACCACCAGAUGGGGUUAUCCUUCGAAAUAAACCCAAAGAGAAGAAAGAAAAAAGAUGGUCCGGUAUUUUUCGUACAAAAGAUUCAAAACGUCGAAGCCUUUCUUCAAGAUCUAGUACAGAAUUUGUAAUUGAAGAUGAUAAUAAUGAAGACUCUCAGGAAAAUGAAAAGGCGGAAACUGAGAACCUUACUACUGAGAAAACACAAUCAAAUUCUCGCAGUAGUGGGCUCACACGGACUAAACUUCAACUAAUGAGAGCAAGUGUUCGAAAGAAGACACAAAGAUGGCGUUCUUUUUCUUCUAACAAUAAUUAUAAAAAGGAAAUGAAUUCCGAUGACAAAGUGACAGAGCUCUGAUAGUUUAACGGCUCUUCAUAAAACAAUUGUGCUUAUAUCAAACACUUAGAGGCAUUAUGGGAGAUUAAAUAAAGAGUUGACAGUUAUCGCUAUACUAGUUAAAAAAUAGAUAACGUAAAUAGAAUACAUGUAUGUUGAAAAUUUCAGUCGAAUUGCCCCACUCUGAACCAAGAUAUUGGCUUUUGAAUUAUAGUAUAACUUUGAUCAUCAUUACUAAAGUCGGUACGAUAAAAAAACAAAGUCUCGAUUAUCCAUUUUUAUGUUUAAUUAUUUUUCUAAAAAUGUAUUCCAAUCCGCUAAAUAACACUGGCUAGUGAUGGCAUCGAGAGUUGAUUAUGGUCUGGAUAAGUUAAUUAAUGUCUAAUUAAUAAUUUAGAUAACAUUUCAGGCCUAAAGAAAGACCUGCAAUAGGCAGAUUUAGCUCUUGCAUAAUGUAUGUUUAAUAACAUUUAUAAUAAUGGUGUGAAAAAGUUACACAAAAAUACAGAACUGAUUUUCUUUUUAAGAUUUAUUUUUAGAUUAAUUAUGAGCAGCUUCACACAGAUUUUUAGAGUCAAAAUUUCUUACGACCGAUUACAAACAAUUCAAGAUAAUUACGCAUUUACCUGUAAAAUUUAUAUAUCAAUGUGUUCCAAGAAUGCAAAGCUCUUAUUUUACAACCCAUAUUUUUUUUUUCAUAAUAAUGUGACACUUUAAUCACAUAUUCAUUUACAAAAGAUGAACUUUGCUUAUUUCUUUAUUUCAAAUGUAUUUAAAAUACAGAUGUGCCCUCAUCCUUUGAUGUUGGCGUACCAUUAUAUCAAAUAAUCAUACGGGCAAUGUGCCAAGCGUAACUUGUUAAAAUAUUGAGCCCAAGUGACGUAUUUCAUUGCAAAGCAUGUGCGAUUGUCUGUAUUUUAAUUUGUUUAAUGGUUUCGAGCUUAAGACAUUGCGUAAUAUAUUGAAACAACAAUUUGUGACUGAUGUCCCUCGUGUUGUUUCAAUAUAUUACAGUAGAAUCUGUAUGAGCAGCCACUCCUAUUCCGCGACAUCUCCUUGUAAGCGGUCACGAUAAAUUCCCCCCGUAGAAAUUCUGUUGUUUCAUCUUUUUAUUCAACGGUCACUCCUCUAACGUGGCCAGCGGUCACUAUUUUACUAAUAAAUUCAACAAAACAUCGCCCAUUCAACAGCCAUUGUUGAAUGAUACCAUCUUGUCGUUCUUUGUAACACCCCCGCUAAUCCCGUGAGUAGUAGUUAAUUAACUGGACCCCCACUGAUCAGGUAAAAAGAAAUGUAAACAUAACAAUCAACCCAGGAUUAUCUGUUAAUUAAUCUUUUGUUUUAUUAAACGACUAACCUGAUCAUUGUUUUCACGCGUAACGACACAUUAUUUGAUACUGAUUGAAUAAAAUAAAAGUACCGAGUUUUGUCACGAUCAUCUAGUAUCUCUCUUAGCGCCUCCUAUAAUAUUACAUACAGAGUUACACCCCCUGUAAAUAGGUGAUAAAAUUAGCGAUGUUUUUUGUUCAUGUGCUUUUUUGAUAAAAUAAAAUGAAUUCAUCGAUUUUCUUCACAAAAAUGGAUAAAUAUUAUCGCAUGCAUCACAAUGGUAGACAGUAGUUUCAAAGGUUGGUACAAAAUGACAAGUUUACAGAAGUUAUGUCCGAGAUUUGAGUAAAGAAUUUGCGUCCGGCGCAAGAUUCAGCGACGGCCAAAUUUACCGCUUCCAAUGCAUCCAAGCGUAAUAUUUAAUUUAUGUCGGCACAAAAAGCAGCGAGAUUUUAUUAAGAGGCCACUCCCGUUAAGUUAUGUCCGAGAUUUGAGUAAAGAAUUUUCGUUCGGCGCAAGAUUCAGCGACGGCCAAAUUUACCGCUUCCAAUGCAUCCAAGCGUAAUAUUUAAUUUAUGUCGGCACAAAAAGCAACGAGAUUUUAUUAAGAGGCCACUCCCGUUAAGCGGUCAGUUGUGAAAAUUCCCUUGGGUGGCUGCUUAAUGCAGAUUCUACUGUACUUAAUGUCUUGCUCUCGACCAUUAAACCACAAAGAUCAUGCAAAUUAUAGUUGGCGAAAGGAAACUAAUUUAUUUUAAUGCUUGCUUCCUUGUAACACAAUAAAUUUGUGCAAUGUAAAUUGUGCCACUUUACAA